GGCUGCCGAGGGACUCCCGUCCCGUUCCGUCCCUUCGCAUUCCGGUGUCUGCGCUGUCCUAAUACAGCCGAGCUUUAAGUUGCGCCACGCGUCAGUUUACCCCCGUGGUUCACGCCGUUCACACGUGACUGAAACCUUACUCUUCACUCAUGGGAAUUUUUUUUUUUUUUUUUCCUGGUAGUAUUCCCCGCGUUAGCGCCUCCACGCCUUCGGGAGCACAGACGCGGUGUUGUAGCAUCGCUCUGAGCUUUUCAAUUUGCAUUAUAAGUUCAGAGACCUGACCAUAGAAGAGCUGAAGGAUGUUAGCAAGACCUACCCCAACUUCACGUUCUCCAUGAACACAUACACCUUCAAGGAUGGAUCCCAGAAGGACCUCCUGAAUUUUAGUGGCACUGUUCCAGUGAAAUAUGGUAAUUCCUAUAACAUACCUAUUCAUCUCUGGAUCCUGGAUUCUCAUCCCUUUGCUCCCCCCAUUUGCUUCCUGAAGCCGACUGCAAACAUGGGCAUUGCAGUGGGGAAACACGUCGAUGCACGGGGCAGGAUUUAUUUGCCCUACCUGCAGAACUGGAGCCAUCCUAAAUCAAGUCUCAUUGGAUUAAUCAAGGAAAUGAUUGCAAAGUUUGAAGAAGAGCUCCCUUUAUACUCACUGUCAUCUUCUGAUGCAGCCAGGCAAUCAGAACUUCUCUCCUAUAUUGCAAAGAUUACUGAAGGAGAGACUGACAUGAAAUCAAGGAGUAAAACUCGAGACAGAAAUGAAGAAUGUUUUAACAAAAUUACUGUUGUUGGAGCUGGAGAUCUUGGCAUUGCAUGUGUACUAGCAGUUGCAGCAAAGGAUAUUGCAGACAAGGUGGUUCUUUUGGAUCUUUCUGAAGCUGCAGCAAAAGGAGGGACCAUGGAUUUGGAGAUUUUUGCUGUGCCAAAUGUGGAGAUCAGCAAAGAUUUUUCUGCUUCAGCUGAUUCCAAAGUUGUGGUGCUUACAGUUAAUUCUCUGGGUAAUGCUCAGACUUACCUCGAUGUCAUACAAAGCAAUGUGGAUUUGUUCAGAGGAAUUAUUCCAGCAGUAUCCCACUACAGUCAGAAUGCUGUUCUCCUUGUUGCCUCUCAUCCAGUUGAAGUAAUGACAUUUGUGUCGUGGAAGAUGAGCUCAUUUCCCAAAAGCAGAGUAAUUGGAGUUGGUGCCAACCUCGAUUCAGAGAGAUUUCGGUACAUUCUGACCAACCUUUUGAAAGCAGAGGUGCUGGCAAAAGAUGCUUGGGUUAUUGGUGAACAAGGGGAAGACAAAGUACCAUCAUGGACCAGCUGUAAUGUAGCUGCAAAUCAAACAGAAGCAAUGGCUGCUCGUAACUCAAGGGAAAAGGUGGCUAACAGAGCUAUGGAAGUCCUAAAGGGAAAAGGUCAGAGAUCUUGGUCUGUUGGGCUCUCAGUUGCUGAUUUGGCCGACAGCAUUCUGAAAGAUAAAAGAAAGGUUCAUUCUGUAUCCACUCUGGCAAAGGGGUGUUGCAAUAUAAACAGUGAAGUAUUCUUAAGUCUCCCAUGUAUUCUUGGAACCAGUGGAAUGAUUGAAAUGGUCAGACUGGAGGAAGACCCACUGGUGCAAGAGAAACUGCAAAGCAGUGCAGGUUCAAUUCAUGACCUUCAGCAGCAGCUGAAACUUAUAAGUAUAGAGACCUAACCAUACAGGAGACAACCAGUGUUAUUACUCAGUACAAGGACCUCAAACCUGUCAUGGAUUCA